GUUUUCUCUUACUAUUAUCACUCAAUCUUUGGCUGGUCAUUUGAGUGACCUUGAUCUUGCUGCUUUUUCCAUUGCUACCACCUUUCUUAUCUCCAUUAGCUUUGGUUUCUUGGUCUUGGGUACCAUGACUAACAUCUACAAGGACUACAAUGAACUUUUCCUUGCUUGCUAAGCUAGCUGACAUCCACAACUAUAUGUGAUGGAAAAGAGUUCUAUAUUACGCCAAGUAUAGGUUACUAUUCUAUUGGUAUUUAUUUUGAAGGAAAUUAGGUAUAUUUAAGGUCUAUAUGUGGGUGCUUAAGGAGGUUAAUGCUUAUAAAAAGAGGGUGUUUUUUUGCUUGUAGGUUGAUGAUGGGUGAUUGCAGGUUAAUUAGUGACUCUAAUUUUGUUUUGUUGAUGAUAAAGCAUUAUAUAACUAUGAUGAUCUUGUGUGUAAAUAGAUUCAUUUAUAUGUUUACAUCUAGACUGUAUAUUUUCAUCGACAAUCUUUCAUUAUCUCCUACAUUACCUAAACCUUGGAUUAUAAAGGUAAAAAAUAUCUCUCUAGAUAACAAUUAUAAGAUCUUUCACUCUUAUGGAUUAUUGAGUAUACAACAUCUCCGACUCCUAUAGUAACCAUUUUUGUAAUAUUGGAGGUAUUAUUGAUGGUGUAUAAACAUGAAGGGAAAUAAAUCGUUAUUAGUCAGAGAGUUGUUGAGGGGAUUUUUUUUCCCUGUCACACUGUUAAUUUGUUAUUUAUAGCUAAAAUGGACUUACUAUUCAAGUAUUGUUGUUCAAAGUAUAAUUUGAAUGUACAGCAUUUAAAAAUGGUCAUGAAUUAUGUUACUUGGACUCGAGUACCCAUGUCCGACAUGGGUACGUGUCCAAGCGUCCGACUCGGUUAUUUUGUGAAAAAAUUUCAUGAUUUUGAAUUAAAAGUGAAGUGUCCGGGUGUCAUACCCAUGUCCGAGUGUCGAGGGUCCAAUACGGGUACGUGAGGUGAAACGAAGAAUCCAAGUAACAUAAGUACUCAUGAACUCAUAAUAAGCCAUAUCCAUAUUUUUGUUAUACAUAUAUGAUGGGCAUGAGUAGGGCACAGGGAUUGGGGAUUACACUUGGGGCAACAGCAAAGUUAAGAUGUUAUUUGGAGCUUAUGUAAGAUUGGGAAGAAAGGUCUCUGUUACCUUUUUAAAUUGAUUUAUGAUGUUCAGAUAGGAAUGGCAACUGCAUUGGAGACAUUAUGUGGGCAAGCCUAUGGUGCUAGACAACACCACAUGCUAGGAAUCUACGUGCAGCGCUCAUGUGUAGUUCUCUCUUUUUGUGCAAUUCUUUUGCUUCCCAUGUUCAUAUUUGCUGCACCUCUACUGAAGAUUCUUGGCUCAUAAUUUACUGGCUUAGUGGCAAGAUGGCUGAUCCCCAUGCACCUGAGCUUUGUAUUUCAAUUCUCAUUUCAGAGAUUCUUGCAGAGUCAACUAAAAAUGGCUAUUAUUGCUUGGUCUUCUGCUGUGUCUCUGGGAGUCCAUGCCAUUAUUAGCUGGCUUUUUGUUUAUAAGCUUGGCGUUGGUAUAGUUGGGACUGCCCUUACUCUUGAUUUCUCUUGGUGGCUCUCAGUUUUUAUAAUGUAUGGGUAUGUUCUUUAUGGUGGGUGUCCUAAGACAUGGAAUGGUUUCUCAUGGCUUGCUUUUACUGAUUUGUGGGACUUCUUCAAGCUUGCCUUGGCUUCUGGUGUCAUGGUCCUAUUGGAGAAUGUCUACUAUCGGUUGCUGGUUAUAGCGUCUGGGGAUGCUGGAAGCUCGCAUGUUGAUGUUGAUGCUCUCUCUAUAUGUGUGACCUUGUUUGGCUGGGAGUCUAUGGUUCCUCUUGGAAUACUCGCUGCCACUGGCGUGCGAGUAGCCAUUGAGUUGGGAGCAGGAAAUGUCAGUGGUGCCAAGUUUGCUGCCAAAGUGUGUAUGCUGACAUCUUUAAUCAUUGGAAUGAUAUUCUCCUCACUGGUCUUAGCUAUCCCUGACAAACUAGCAAUGAUUUUCACACCUAAUUCAUCCGUGAUCUCUGUUGUCCGCAAGUUAGCAUAUCUGCUGGCUCCCACCAUUUUCCUGAAUAGCAUCCCUCCAGUUCUGUUAGGCGUAGCAGUUGGAUCAGGUUGGCAAGCGUUGGCAGCAUAUAUAAACAUUGGAAGCUAUUACUUGGUGGGCUUCCCUCUCGGGAUUUUUAUAGGACGGGUGCUAAACUUUGGAUACAUGGGAAUCUGGGCUGGAAUGCUUGGUGGGAGUGUGAUACAGAUAUUGCUUCUGGCCAUCGUUGCAGUCACGUAUGGAUGGGAAAAGGAGGUUCAGAAAGCUCGCGGCAAACACAUUUUGAUGGAUAAAGCUGUAGAUGACUAGACAUUUCGAUCUGCUCAAUGUGCUUUGUUAUCCAUCUUACGUGGCAGGUGCCAUGGUUUGGCCUAUGACUUUGAUUAUUUUUAAAGUCAGGCAGAGCUGAAGCAAAACCGAUGUUGCUGUUAGGGUGAUUAAAUGAUUGCUACACUCAAAUCUCUAACUUAGACAAUACGGAGUACUAUACAUCUGCAUUAGCAUGCAUUUCCUGCAUUUUUUAUUCUCUUUAUUUAAAAACUUUGCAAAAUUAAAAAUAUGCAUCAAUAAGACAUGGGUGACUGCAGUUCAAUUUUAAUAACUCAAUACAGGAAAAUUAUAAGUCGUAACUGGUUUUUUCUUAAAAAAUUUAAUUAUUAUUGAUAUUAUUGUAAUACAGAGUAUAGUUAUGGGAAAAUUGUAAAAUAAUAGUGUUUGAAUUGCAGAAUCUAGAAUACAGAUUAUAUAUUUAGAGCUUGGAUAGAAUUGGUGUUUUAAGUCAAAGAAUUUCUGGUGAGUACAUUUGCAAGCUAAAAAUGUGUAGGCAAAUAUUCCAUGUAAUCAAAGAAGCCCUCCAUAACCUUCUUUUAUCCUUCCAUGCGGUAGUUCUGUAUAAUGGUGAAUAAGAACACCUUGAUCUGCUGCUCUCUUGCAAUAAAGAGGUAAAGAAACUGCAGGAAGUCUUGCAGAAAUUCUUUGUAAA